AUGGAUGAUAAUCCGUACCAAAUACUUGAAGAACCACUUAAGCCAGCAUCUCCGAGGCCUGAAAUGCUUAUCGUCUUACCUGAACUGAUCGAGCAGCGGCGAAAGGGAUCAAAAGCCUCAGUUCUGACUUCCAGGUAUACAUCUAUUGUGGUGACGAACGCAAGUCGAGAUCUGAGACUCACAAAAAUAUUGCCGGGAAGCUCACACGUCGUCAUCCGAUAUCCAUUGUUCAAUAGCGAACAGAAAAAUUUCGAGAGUUGGGGUGAUUACUACCUUGGUCACAUUAAGAAAUCGCCAUGGACCUUCAGCAUUGAAAACUUUCAGAGCUUCAAUGAAAAAGAAGCAAAGGAUUGCCAAGCAAUCAACGAUCCGCAGUGGAGUUUAACUUGGCAGGUCUCAUCGAGUAUGUCAUCGUCGACGAAGCCAUAUACUGAAAAUUUCGGACACAAUGGCCCAUGCUUCGGUAACCUGGCUUGA